GGAGAGAGUGUGUUGUCUCGCUUGGGGCCCCCGAUGCCAGAGUUCUAGCUUUCAUCGCACUGGGUGAAAGAUUUCUCCUGGACGUUUCACUCUCUGUGGCUACAGGCUCCAUGUUCAGUGCAGUUGUGCUGGUGCUUGGCUGUCUGCUGCAGAGUAAACUAGUAACCACAGAGGGGCAUCGUGGGACCAAUCGCUAUGUCUUCUAUGCAGUGCAUAUGGACGGAGGCAUCAGAGCCGCCAGAGCUCUGGCCGAACAUCACGAACUGGAGUUCAUACAACGGGUCGGCAGCCUGGAGGGUCUGUACAGCCUGAGAGACAGUAGGUGGCGCUCUGACAGAGCCACCUUUGAGGACACACUUGUGACUUCAGCAGGGGUUCACUGGGUGCAGAGGCAGCACAGUCAUCAUAGAGAGAAACGGGCUCCUGUGAUGGAACUGGACCACAGUACUGCUCACAGUUCCCAGAGGAGGGAGUAUGCAACUAACAGGCAGCCUGGGGAGAAUAAGAGUGACCAGUCCCUCACCUUCAAUGACCCACUCUGGCCCAUGCAGUGGGAACUGUUUGCACAGGGCGAGUACAACUCCAGUGGGUUUGACCUGAAUGUGAUGCCAGUUUGGAGCAAAAACAUCACGGGUGAUGGAGUCGUGGUCAGCAUCAUCGAUGAUGGUGUCGAUCACACAAAUGAGGACCUGAAGAAAAACUUUGAAGCCCUCGCCAGUUUUGACCUGUGUGCUUCACACGGUCUGUCUCAUGAUCCCAUGCCCAUCAGAGACGAGGAGAACAGUCACGGGACCCGGUGUGCAGGGGAAGUUGCCAUGGAGGCCAACAACUCCUACUGCGGUGUGGGCAUUGCCUUCAACGCCAGGAUUGGAGGUAUCCGCUUGUUGAACGGCUCUGUCACUGAUGCCAUGGAGGCCACAGCUCUGACCUUCAACAUCCACUUCAUUGACAUCUACGUCUGCAGUUGGGGCCCACGGGACGACGGGGCCGAGAUGGACGGGCCGCACAGCCUGACAGAGCAAGCCCUCCGGCUAGGAACUCACAAGGGUCGAGGUGGGAAGGGCAGCAUCUUUGUGUGGGCGGCAGGUAAUGGUGGAAUGCAACAUGACCACUGCGGCGCAGACGGUUAUGUUAACUCUAUCUACAACAUUGCCAUCGGUGCUGUCACUCAAACAGGGAAGCCCACCUACUUCGGCGAGCCCUGCCCCGGGGUGAUGGCCGUCACUCUGACAGGGGCCAGCGUGGGAGGCUCUCUACCUCUGGUCACUGUGACCAACACUGGGGAUGGCUGUGUCACACAAUUUCCAGGAACAUCCAGUGCUGCUCCAAUCGCUGCAGGAAUUCUGGCUCUUGUCUUGGAAGUAAAUCCUGAGCUGACGUGGAGGGAUGUUCAGCAUCUGAUUGCCAACACAGCAAAGAUCCCCGACCCCAAAGAGCCUGGGUGGAACAUCAACGCGGCAGGAUACCAUGUUCACCAUAGGUAUGGCUUUGGAUUGUUGGAUGCAGGGCUGAUGGUGCAGCAGGCUGCACACUUCAGCACUGUUGCUCCACAAAGGAAGUGCAUCCAAGAAGUCCCACUUAAUCCCACCAGGAUCCUUUCUUCAGGAGGCACCGUCAGUGUGAACAUCCAAUCAGAGGCCUGCCGUGGGAGGACUAAUGAGAUCAAUACUCUGGAACAUGUUCAGGUGAGAGUGAGCAUCAGAGCUGUGUGUCGUGGUGACCUCUCCAUAAGCCUGGAGUCCCCAGGCGGCACAGUAUCAUUGCUGUUGGACACGCGACCCCUUGACGCUUCCACUGCCGGCCUGAAAAACUGGACCCUGAUGACCGUGCACAGCUGGGGCGAGCAGCCGCGAGGCCUCUGGACCCUCCAGGUGAGUGACCACAAAGGCAUGGUGAGGAGCUGUACGAGGCUGACGGGAGAGGAGGCAGCCGGAGCCUUGCUCAGUGUUACACUCAUCCUCUACGGCACCUACCACCCACACAGGACCACGCACGAGAGACCCCUGCAGAGCAUUGUGUCCAUGGGGUCGCGUCACCCUGUCCCUCACAGGGGGGUGUACCAGAGGGACUGUUACCCCCCUCUGGACCUGAUUCAAUGGGUCUACCAAAUGGAAAGAGACAGGAAGGUGCGAGCUGCUGAUAUCACCGUACCAGCCAGACCCAAGAUGUGGAAGAUUCCUGGAAACUUAGUGUUGGAUAACCGGACCCCAGACAAGCCCCACAAGUCAGGUUUGGCUUUCCAGUUACAUCAGACAAAUGUGCAGAGGUCUGCCACGAGACGCACUGCUGUGGAGGAACUUCAUGAGACAAAGACCAUCACAGAAGAUGUGAGCAGAGAGAUCAGGUCCUUACCAUCGCAGGAUGUCGUCACACUGGAGGUGCAGCAGUCAGACUCCUCAGAUCCAGGAGGCGGAAGAACUGUGAGCAGAAAUAAAGGGGAAGGGACGGGGCAGUGGGCAGGGAAGUGAAGGAAACAAAUAUGAACCAAUGGUUAAAUAAAGACUGUUGUGUUCCACAGUGCAGCAUGCCAACUGAUCAUGAAUCAAUUCCAUGUACUGUAUUUCGACUGUGUGGCCUCAGUGUCAGCAGGGAUCAUUUAUUGUAGAUUCCUAACUUUGGCUUUAAAACUCAAUUCCUCUCCCGCCCACAGGAACACACACAAACAUAUAAAUCCUUCCUGAAAAACAAAUAGUCCCAGGAGCAGGUCUCAGCGCUCAUCUCCACUCUUCGUUUGCCUCCAGAAGUUGCAAAGGUUAGUGAAAGAUAUGUUUGUCUUUUUCCACUUCAGUGAAGGGUGAAUUCAGCUCAGUGCAAUAAGAAAUGGAUUACCCAUUUAUUAAAGGGGCUGUGUCACUCCUCAUUGGGUUGGACAAAUAACAAAUUAAUUUCUAGCCGCCUAAUUUCUCUCUGUUCUCCACUGAAUUUCCGAUAACGUUGAAUUACCGAUCACAGCCAUGUGAGCUCCCUCAACUUUUUAUCAAUUCAUUAAAAAUGUGCCACGGCGGAGAUGCUACAGAGGAAAUUCUCUCCCUUUUUUUUCCGCAUGCUUGCUUUACCACCACAACACUGUAUACAAACAGAAACCAAGUGAGGUGUUUCACAGGAAUUAGGAUAUUUAGGAUAUUAAAAACCCCAGAAAGCAUUACUACAAACCCUGUUGGAAAACGUUGCUGUGUUACCAUCUUGAAAUCGGCCGGAAACUUUUUAGCAGUUCACCUCAGUGUGAAACAAAGAUGUGAGAGUAAUGGCGCCUUUUUCCCAGUCAAGUGCAGGUCUGUAGGUAGUGACGUUUUGUAAAGUAGCAGUAGUGUAUUGACAGGGCACUAUUGAUGUUUCAAUUAGAGCAGCGUUACAUAGUGCCGCAGCAUGGUAACAUGGUGCGUCUCCUGCCAUCUGCUCUGCCUCCACGUCUGACGAACGAGGCACGUGGGGCUAAUCGAGCCGCACAUGAGCGAUGGGAUCUGUCACACACACACACUCACACUUAGCCUAUACUACACACAUCCUUAUUCAGAAAAAUGGGGAGGGAGAACUCCUCAGCCCUGCUGUUUAAACAGCCUUCAGAAAGCUUGUGAUUCCUCUCCUUCUCCCUUCACAUGUGCCACAGGAGCAGCCACCAGGUUAUGUCUCUGACAAGGAAACAGGCAAACGCACCAGAUGCACAAGUUAAAAAUCUUCAAAAGCUCAUCUGACGGAAA